AUGUAUAACCUCUCAUGCCUUGAUUUUCUGUCCAGGUCUGCGUUUGUUGCCUCCUUAGCCCCGCAGAUCCGACACAAGCCCCGGUUCAACGCACUUGCGUUAUACUCUGCUAUUUUGCGAGCUGCCGAGAAUAAGGACUGGCCGGAUCGAGCCGCUUUUCGCUCUUUCAGGUCACAACUUCGCCGUGUUCGGUCGAACUGCCAAUUCUUGUCAGCAUUUCUUGCUUGGAAGAUUCCCCCCGAACAACUCAACGCUCUUGUUGCAGAUCACAAAGCUCGUUGCUUAGCCAUGCAAACCCCCGCUCUCACUUCUUGGGAGACCCGGGAUGUCCUUCGCACAUUGGAUACCUUACCGUUUGUGGAAACCGAGUUCGCGUCCGUCUAUGAGUUUCUCACACAGAAGGGCGCAUUGUCUACGCCCGCUAUUGCUACGGUGCUUGCAGGACUCUACAAGACAAGCCCAUCGUAUUUUCCGUUUUUCAAAGCCCUCGAUGCCCAAUGGUGGCAUCUUGCUAUCGCCAUCCCUGGUCGCCCGCUUUACAGACCGCGUGGCCAGUCCCUUAUUCGGGGAGCCCGUUUCCGUCGUGCUAAUCCUACUCCGGCAGAAGCAGCUGCCAUCGUUUCUAACUCAAAAGUCGAGCCCGAUGCAGCUACUUUCUCUUAUUGUUCACCGGCUCUAAUUGCUCCACGGUCGUUCCGCUCUGUUACAUACUGGGAUCAGGGUUCAUGUCUUUUCCAUAUCUAUUUUGCGGACAUGGUGUGGAUGGAGUCCGCAUCGCCAGACUACGACCAAGCUAAGAAGUUCGGUGGCAAGAUGAUCCGACCAGUCAUACUACUUGUCACGAUCUUCCAACUGGAACACUGCCAUGAACUCGCAAGACCAGGAGAUAUACUUUUCCAGACUUGCCAAACUCGGCUGCGUGUGGCAAUUCAUUUUUCGGCCGGUUUACAUACCACCGCCUUGGCCGUGGACUCGUUCGCCAAGAAUUACGCCGAGAUUGGUAUGAAGGCCUACGGCCAGCAAGUCCAGAAUCCAGAGCUCUGUGUUGCCAUCAAAAGCAAAAUAAAUAAGCAUAAAGUGAAAGAACACUUUCUGGGGCCAAGGCCCAAGGAUCAAAUAUCCAUACAUUUUGGAUGGCAGCACGCUGAGACCUGUGAUGCCGUUGUCUCGAGCCUAUGCAGCCUAAGCCAAGUCCCUCCAAAACUUUUCUUGGUGCCUCUGUUAGUCCUAUUACUCUCACUAGUACUCUCACUGGUACUCUCACUAGUACUCUCACUAGUACUCUCACUAUUACUCUCACUAUUACUCUCACAAUCACUCUCUUUAGUACGCUUGUGGAACCGCUGA